AUGUUUGAGGCAUCUGCAGAAUACAUUCGUGUUGUUGCGGCUGGGGAGCACCCCAUCAUUACACCCGACUGGCUCAACGACGAUUUCUCUGUUCUGUCUACAAUCGACGCUGAGUACGCAGAGGAUAUUGACAUCAAGCUACUCCACGCCAUCGGAGGUCAUCUCACCUUCAGGUACCCGCGCACCAAGGUUCUUGAGAUCGGCGAUAGUACUGGUGUGUCUGGGGUCAGACCUUCUAUCCUCUUCUACAAUGCCGAUGAAAUAUUUGCCCACGUCGUCACGUCGGAGUUGGAAGCGAUACAACUCCAGCAUCAAUUUGCUACAUCAUUGACCGGUGCACCUGCAGAAUGGAUCAAAGUACAUCUUCUUGCUUCACAUCGCGCCAUGCAACGAGCAAUUCCUCACGACACAACAGUCUUCGUAGACUGCUCUGACAUUACAGACUCCCUGGCUGCUGCCUUCGUCGCUUCCAUUCCAGCUAUCUGCACAACGUAUCGGGUGGGCUCUGGGCUUAUGUCUACUGCUCUUGAGACGGCCAAGUUUUCUGGUGUUUGUAAUGCCGCCAUAGUUCUCAAGGACGGAUUCUUCAUCGACAUGGACGCCGACCAGCUCAACAAUACCCUGGCAGCCGAGGUCUUGGGUACGGAACAACUCGACAGUAUCUUCCACGACACCAAUCUCGACUUCUUCAUCUGUCUUGUCUCCGUAGCUUCAGUGAUUGGCAAUGUCGCUUCCAUCAUUCACAUCGCCUAUGUCACAGAUGUCGGCUACGUCACACGUGAGCAGCGCGGUCGCCAACUUGACUCUCACUUUCGUAAGGUUCGUCUCAUGCCUACUUCCAAGAUGGACGUGCAUCAUGCGUUCAUGGAGGCUCUCUCCACCACAGCAUAUCCCCACGAGGCCCUACGCACUUGCUUCUUUACGCGUGCUGGUGACAGGCAGCCCUGGCAGGGUGUCCUGGCUUCGCCUCGCGUCGAGCUCAAUCAUGUCUCUGUUGAGGAGAAUGCGACCGUUGGCGCUGAUGUGAAGCGCCUUUUUAGUCGGUCUUGGGAUCUGGAAAGAGGAGACACAUUUGAACUUGGUUUGAUGAAUCGCGACUCGGAGAACCAUGAGCUAUUCAUUUCGUAUCAUCACAUUCUCAUGGAUCUUGUUGGUCCGGGUAUCAUCAUGCGCGACUUCAAUACUUCCUACCAGAUGAAGCUCCUUGAUCGCAGCGUCGAUAGUGUCGCUGUACAUGACGAGACUCAAGUCGCUGAUGCUAUUGAAGUGGGAUGUGGACCUGUGGUUAAGUAUGGACAAGAGACCCUUCUUCAACGAAGCUCUCUUGGCUUCGAUUUGUCUCUCAUCCAGAUAUUUUGCGCCCUCGCCAACGGCGGUCGUCUCAUCAUCUGGCCAGCCCCAACCUCUUGGUCACGUUGGUGA